UGUGAAACGAUGGCGCGUGAAUAAACCACAGACGGGUGCCAUAGUGCCGUUCAUUGAUUGCGCUUGUCCGGUGCCAUAUUCCUUGCUCCAGAGUGCGGCGUUUAUUGCGCAAAAUCCAAUCACUAGCGUUUCGCCAUUUUUGUUGACCAUUCAGUAGUUUCCGCGAAAACGGUUAUAAGGCAGCCUGUCCGGCAAAAGUGAUCACGCUCGUUACCUAAAUAUCGAUUCAUCUCGAUUCAGAUCCAGAAUCGCGAUUAGAUUCAUAGAAUAAACGAUAGAGUUCUUACCGUUCCUUCUUUUUCUCUGUACUCGUUACUUUCUCAAUUUAUGUAUGUAUAAUGUACAUAUAUAUAACUGUACUUUGAACGUUCCUACGAAUUUUGUGAUAGAAUUACGCAUCGACAACACGUCAGUGUCAGGAAAAAUAGGCCGUUGAGAGUUUACAGUACUUAGCACCGGGGAAAAUAAAAAAAGAAUGAGCAGGAUGCCACAACGCGUGAAAAGUGCGUCCAACGUAAACAAAACGCAGAUCAAGGAAGAAGCUUCCACAUCGUCCGUUCUUGCUGGGAAUUCUAGCGAUGAUGAUCCGAACGUAGCAGAAGUAUAAAAUAAAAGAAUUUAGGAAUCACUUAAUUAUCAAGUUUUUUAAAUAAUUAGAAUUGUUUGUAUAAAAUACAAUUAUUAUUUCACUAUUAUGCGAAUCAAAAAAUCAAAUGUAACUGGAUAUUUACAUAACUGUUUCGUAGUAAUAUACAUAUAAUAACAUAUACAAUGACUGCAAAAGGUAUUUGAACACGACUGUAUUUAUCGUAACAAUCACAUAUUAAUUAAGUAGAUCUAAGUUGUACUAUCGAAUAAAGGCGGGCCAAAAUUAAUUCACCACGGUUACAUGUAUACAUUGCACAAGAAGCAACCGUACAAUAUCCGAUGGAGAUGUGUUCGCAGAACUAUGCAUUGUAGAGGCAGUCUUAUCACUACCACGAGUUGGACGAAGCCAAGGGUGCGUAUGGAGCACAAUCAUAAGCCAGACUUCGCGGCCGCUCAGAUUGCCAGGAAACGAUACUUGGCUCUUGGCAAACCUAGCGUGUUAACAAACGUAGAAGGAAAUACUGUCAAGUCUAUGAACGUACCACAACGAGUGCUUCACAAGGAGAAUAAUGUACUAGAACAGAAAGGUAGGAGACCGAAGACGCGAGCUACAGCCAGGAAAAUACUACAAUCACCUCAGACCAAUUCAACAGGCAAGACUAUAAGAAUAGCAGCGCAGUCCUUGGUAAGAUCUCAUAUUAGAAAUAUUGCACCAGCACCUAUAUCAGAGCAACAACAGCAACAGCAGCAACGACAACCAAAGACUCUUGUGUUAAAAACAAUACCCUUAAAAGUAAAGCAGGUUGCACCUACGACCAUUAAAAUGCCACCCCGACAGAUAAAUCAGGGAGUGCCUCAUAAUAUCGUACACCAACAGCCUACAGAGGUUUGUUUAAGAUGGAACAGUUAUCACAGCAACAUGCAGAACAGUUUCCCAUCUUUAUUGGAUUCUGAACAGUUCGUCGAUGUCACCCUGGCCUGCGAAGGCCGCUCGUUGAAAUGUCAUAAAAUGAUACUGUCAGCAUGCAGUGAUUAUCUCGCUGAUCUAUUACGCGAAAACCCAUGUCAGCAUCCAAUCAUUUUAAUGAAGGAUCUUAAAUUUUGGGAGGUAGAAGCACUAGUCAAAUUCAUGUACCGCGGAGAAGUAAACGUCGCCCACGAUAAACUGCCACAAUUGUUGAACGCAGCUGAGGCUUUACAAGUAAAAGGAUUAGCCGGUCCAAAUCCUUCUUCACGGAAUCCAAAGCCACCUUUACUUAUUCCGCAAUCGAAACCGGUAGUAUCUCAACAAGUUCCUCGAGGCGCUUCAGAGACCAAAGAGAAACCUUCCACUUCUGGAGUUUCUACGCCUUCUAGUCCUAAACGCGCGCAAAAACGACAACACUCGGAACCAAUCGAGCCAAAACCCUUUACAAAGAUACGCUUACAACGACCUGUUACACCGUCACAGAUUACUACGGUUAAGUUGGAACCCCUAGAUAUCCCUCUCAGUCCUACGGAAAUGUUCCCCGAAAAUAACGAGGACAGUUCAACUCCGUCGAAUUUUGACAAACUCAUGAGUUUACACGAGGAAGAUGAUCCAGGUGGCAACGAGGCUACCGAUGGCGAAAGAGAAAUUCAUUUCUGCGAGAUACCCGACCCACCCGAUAUAAACGAUAGCGAGGAUCAAAUGGAAUUUGUACCUACGGACUUUUUAGAACAAGAACAAGACAUAGUCGAAGAAACAGAUACAGCCUCGAACAAAGAUUGCAAAGAAGAAGAAUCUAGGGAGGAUUAUAGUUCUGUUGAACUCGAGAUCGGUGAAGGAGACGGAGUCGAAUGUUCAAAAGAAAAGAAGCCGGUUUAGUGAGAUGUUCUGAAUUCAGUAUUUGGUUUGUUUGACGGAAAUGGAGUAAGAUCGUCGUUUCGGAUUUUUAACAAAUUCUUGGAAUUAUCCAGUAUUGCCACGAGACUUUUAUUUUGUUAAUCAAGUAUUGAUUUCAAUGGUUUCCUCUUUUCUUCGAAAUUAAUACAAGAGAGAAUAAUGUAUAUAUACAUAUAUCUAUAUAUUAUUUUUGUGAUAGUGUUUUAUGAAAUCUAUCGUCGCAUUAAAUCAUUAUGCAAUAUAUGCAAUUUUAACUUUAUUUGUGUUUAAUCAGACGGAACGCAACAUGAAGUUAUACAUAUAUCGAGAUUUUACCGUUUGUUCUCAGAGUAAUAUGACAAAUAUUUCAUCGACAUUGUAAAUAGAACGUAAACGAUAAAAAGUAAAACUAUUUUUAUCACUUACCGUAUGAAUCGUAGCGGCUACGUAUACCUUUCGAGUAUUUUCUUCAAGUUCACUGUUCGAAACUGAUAUUUCUAUACAAACAACUAUGCCAGAAAGUAUGAGAGAGAUAUUUAAGUGAAUAUUAUUAAUUAAUUACAUAUAUUUACAAGAGUACCUAUAACUACUUUUCUUGCAUAGUUUUUAGAGAUUCGAAUACGAUAUAUGACUUCUACGUUGUCAAACAAUUUUAAUUUAUUUGUUGAACAAAACUUUUAUAUUAUACUUUUUUAAAUCGUAGAUCGAUUUCAUUAGUCAAGUAGAAAUUGAUCGAUUAUUUUAAAUUCGAAUGAUAUUUGAAUCUAAUGAAAAUCACUUUGAAUCAUUAAUGAAAAUUCGGAGAUUACCUAUUCCUAUUUUAAUCACAAAUAUGCUAACAGCAUAAAAAGGAUAUAGCUUCUUGAAAAGAAAGUUGUACCUGUUAAUUUUCAUGGUCGUUUGCAGUAUAAUAUGAUAAACAGUACAACGGGUUAAUAUUUUUUGUUAUUUAUGUUGUAUGAAAUCUGUUUAUUUUGAUAAUAUCCUUUUAAAUAUGUACGUAGGCAUUGUAUGGAAUAAGAUGUCUGAAUUUACUAAUACAUUAAUGAAAAUCAAAUACAUUCAUGCGUUAAUCGUAAAAAUUCAUUAUUAUUAAAUAAAAUUGCAAAAUUAAUAAAGUGAUAACUCGAUA